UGAUGACGGGCAGCGACUCCGCACCUAUCUAAUGCGCCAUCACGAAUAACAGCCGACUCGUUCGUAAAACUGGUAAACACUGUUUCAAAUGGCAGUUCUUCGUUUUUGUCGCCUUUCCCGUUUUCUGUAUGCCGUUCUAGUGUUUGGGGCGUUUGUAGCUUACUUCGAGGUGGAUGUACUGACCGAAAAAUUGAACGAAGUAUUCGAACUAAAACCAAUCGCACAGCAUGGUGAUCAUCGAGACGUGAAAGAUCUUGAGGUCACCACGAACGUCGAGCGUGGGUUGGAACACGUCGAUAUUACCAAGGAACUCGAGGAGGCGAUCUCUAACACUACAGUCGCGGCAAAGCAAAUAAAUGACAAAACGGACACCGUGUCAGAUGGUGCGUCAGCAAUUAAUGAUUCCAUAGCUGUUAAGAUUGAUGAAGAAAAUGGAAAACAGUCUCAGAUUGAACCUCACAAUCGUACUACUAGUGAAAAAAGGUACCUAUUUCCAUUGGACUGUGACAAUAACGGACCGAGUGUUCAUCACCUAGCAUUUCGUGAAGCAAUGUUCUUUGCAAUACAACUAAACAGAAGUCUUGUUGAAUUAAAUUUCGGUACACAUUGGACAACUGAUGUAGAAUUCAGAGGUCCACGAUAUAUGAACCAGACUUUUGACGUGGAUUUAAUGAAAGAAAUAAUAGACUUGGUUACACUUGAUGACUUCAAGAAGAACUGCAACAGCACUAUCGACAAGGUACUGUUCAAUCCAAAGCACAUCGAAGAUGGGGCUUUAGUGAAACCAUACGCCUGGGGCCAUGGUCGACUGCAAGACUAUUAUGGUAUUCGAAUACCGAAUGACUCAUAUAUUCCAAAAACAAAUGCAGAAGCACAGGCAAUGUUUGAUUCUUCUCCGAGUACGCGCUGCCUAGGGUUGUACAUCAAACCAGGUUUGGCUUGGGAAGUACCAAGAACGGAAGAACGUGCCAAACUUGUCAACCUUCAUUUUCAGAAACCAGUCCGAAUCAGAAAAAUGGCAGAAGACGUGACGAGAAAACUGUGUGAUGGGAAGCCAUACAUGGCUGUACACUGGAGAAACAAAUCAGCAGAAGAUUGCAAUCGUGCUAAGACUAAAUCAUGUCCCAUCGCUAAAGACGUAGCUCUCACGGCGAAAUCUGCAGCAAUUGACAUAAGAAAUUUUAUGCAGAAUAACAGUUUGUUUUGCAUCUACGUGGCUCUACCUCCUUACUCAAAGGACAUGUUAACUAUACUACGAGAUGCUAAAGUUCCAGGAGUGAAAGGUUUUGAUGACAUUUCGACAAAUCAAUAUCCAGAAAUUGCCAAAUUGAAAGACCCAUACGAAAUAUCACUGUUGGAACAGGAAAUCUGUACACAAUCCAAAGCCUUUCUUGGUACGAAGUUUUCGGCGUGGACAAGAAUGGCGCGUCUUUAUAGAGAUGGGUUGGGAAAACCCACUUUAACUUUAAAUGAUUUUGUAACUUGGAAGAAUAAAACAAAGCAAAAAGACAAGCUUUCAGCUGUUGACAUGGUAGGACAUGAACGUAAAGAUAACGUCGCCAAAGUAAUGAGAAGUCGGGACGGUGCUUUACAGCAUGAAGUAAUGCUAGAAAAGACGCACCCUGGCAACUUGUAUCCUGUCUAUGACUCGCUCAAUCAACUUGGAGCUGUACCAUGGCAAAUCAACCAGAGAAUGUUAGACUUGAUAAUACAAGUAUUUCGUGACAAGGGAAGUGAAGAACUCGAUGUUCCACAACCAGUAUCAGAAUGUCCAGAACCACCUAAGCUUUCAGAAAACCGUGCUUUGAGGCCACAGCAACCCAUCCGUAUCAAGUCCACGGAAUUCACGUCGAUUGGUUUUCGUGAUGAAACUUUCUGGUUUCCACACAAUAUGGAUUUUCGUGGUCGAGUUUAUCCAUGCCCUCCCCACUUCAACCAUCUUGGAAACGAUCCUAUGAGAAGUAUAUUACUGUUUGCUAGAGGGCGUGCUCUAGGGGAAGAUGGAUUAAAAUGGCUGAAAAUACAUCUUGUUAAUUUGACAGGGUUUAAAAAAAGGAACUCUUUACAAGAAAGAUUAGAAUACGCUGACACAAUCAUGGAUGAUAUAUUGGACUCUGCUGACAACCCUACCACGGGCAAUAAGUGGUGGCAAACGGCAGAUGAACCGUGGCAAACUCUGUCAUGCUGUAUGGAAGUGGCAAAAGCUGUCAGGUCACCGGAUCCCACAAAGUUCAUCAGUCAUUUACCAGUACAUCAGGAUGGUUCAUGCAAUGGGUUGCAGCAUUAUGCUGCUCUUGGUCGUGAUGUCAUCGGAGCACAGCAAGUUAAUUUACAUCCAUUUGACGUCCCACAAGAUGUAUAUUCCGGUGUUGCACAAAAGGUUGAAGAAGCCAGAGCCAUUGAUGCUGCCAAUGGUUUGAAAAUAGCCAUAGAGUUAGAGGGCUUUGUUAAUAGAAAGAUUGUGAAGCAGACUGUAAUGACUGUAGUUUAUGGUGUCACUAAAUAUGGUGGGCAUCGACAGAUUGUAAAACAGUUGAAAGACCUGCCGGAUUUUCCUGGCAAUCGUGUAUGGGCUGCUGGUGGAUACCUUGUCACUAAAGUCUUCCAAAGUCUUGGAGAAAUGUUUACAAAGACAAGAGAAAUACAG